AUGCGAUAUUCGUUUCUGCCAUGUCUACUUUCGAUGCUGAUCCGGACUUCUGCAGGAAUACGCUGUUACUCUGGCUUAAAAUACAUUGUCGGACAAGAUGAAUAUCAGGAUUCAGAAGAAUGCAAUGUAAUUCUCGGAUUGGGUGACUCAUACUGUUACACUUUCCGAGAGCACACCAGCGUCAACGAGAUCGUCAAAAUGGGUUGUUCGAAUAUGGUCUGCAAUGCCCUACGCAAUACCUGCAUGAAUACGGAUUUUGCCGGUAUGACCGGGACACUCUGUUGCUGCAACAGUCGUCAUUACUGUAACUCGUCACCGAAGAAGAUCCGACUGGUGCCGUUCAUCGUCCCGUUACUGCUAUUUUUCGGUGUCUUCGUCCAAAUUAUGCUUUCGGAUAUAUGA